UUACAGAGGGGGAGGAAGUCGAGUCGGAGGGGAGGGAGGCGUUGAUCUGGGUUCCUGUUAUUCUCUCUCUCUCUCUCUCUCUCUCUCUCUCUCUCUCUCUCUCUCUCUGUGUGUGUGUGUGUGUAUGUGUGCAGAUAAAAGGGAACUUACAUCUUCAAAUACCCAUUCUUUAAAUAUCGGCGUGCUUGCCGUCUCGCUGUUCCAUCGGACAGAGAGCUGCUUGGGCUGUUGGGGAAGAAAGUAUGCGGCGGCUAGUUGGAAGGUCUUGGGGCGUGUUGCGAUCUGAGUCGCCUUGGUUGAUCGUAGAAGAUGAGCUGUUCCGAAUGUCCGGGUGGAGAGCUGCUUCUGGGCUACGCUUUCGGUGGGAGACGAUUGUUUUGCGGCGCGGGAGACCAGGGACGCGAUGCGUCCGGGCUGUCGAAGGGAGGCCAUUUUGUAUAUGUGCAAAGCCCCGGAAUCUUUUGCCUCGGGUGAUGUCAGUGUCGACAGCCUCACCGCUUCCAUUUGCCAUCAUAACGAAGUUAAGAGUGCCAUGCUUGGAUUUCCUAUCCUGAAUUGCCAUCUAAAAAACUAAUUACCUCUCUAUACAUC